AUGGGCAUGAAGGGCGAGGAUGACAAGAAAGGAAAGACAGACAACCAGAGAGCUGUUCACAUCGUGCCGCCGCGUCUCCGGAGGAACAACAACUCUGUGACAAAGGUCCCCCGACAAAGCCUUGGGACCCCCAAAUGUCGAGUCAGGAAAGACAUGGAGGAAAGCUAUGAGACAUUUGAAGAGGAGUUAGGGCCACCAAGAGACGAUCCUCCUCCGCAGAAGCCUGUUCGACAGAUCAGACAACCAGAAAUGUAUGUAAGCAGGAAAGUUAGAGAGGAAAUGUCUGAAGUAGAACCAAAGACUUUACACAUGGAUUCAAGCGCUCCCAGGAAAUUUCCUAUGCAAAAAACCUUGUCCAUGCAGAAUUUGGGCCAGAUUGAGACACCGUGGGAGAACGUCACACUCAACCGCUGUCUCUUUGUGGCCAUUACCAUCCUGGUGCUCACCUCAGGGUGCCAGAGACUUCAUGAAACCCUGCGUGGUCAGGGAACAGCAGAGGAGGAGGAGGCGGAGGCGGAGGUCAAAUUGACCGUGAGACAUCCAACCACGUUACGACACAGAGGCAAACCACCGGAGUCUGAGACGACCCUGUGGGAAGUUUUGUUUUGGUGGCUGCCGGACCUUGGUGACGAUGAGAAUGAUGUAAAGCGGAGGAGAAGAGGAGCAACGGGCCAAAGCUCGAGGGGUCUCAGAAACAAGCCAGUCCCAGACAAAAAACUCAUGAAGCAGAGCGAAGGGACAUUAAAGACCAGGAGAGCCAAGAAAGCCCGAGAACAUAAGGCUAAAGACAAGAAAGACAAGGACAUACUGAAGACACACGAAGGAGAGGACAAAAAGGUUGAAAAUGAGGAGUUGGUAUCAAACACAAUGAGAGAGACUAAGGAAAAGAAGAAAAAGACUGAAAAGGAAUGAGGUCUUUUUCUUGGUACAAAUGAUUUCUUGCAGUUUUAGUAUAACUGAAUAUAACUUGCUGGUUUGUCUUAGUAUCUCCACCAACCAGUCACCUUGCCACUUGCAUCCACAUCUGUCAAUACAGCUAGAUAAUUUGAAU